GAAUCCUGACCCCACCCCCUUGCCGGUGGAUGACUGACGGACGACUGAACCAUUCAGCGCCUGGACCGGAAGUGCGUUUCCCAAUUACGGCAGAGAGGUGGGAUUUCCGUUCCCUAAGCACCGUCUGGCCGUGGCUGCCGCCAUCAGCGAGUGAGGGUUGCCGGCUGGGAGGAUUAUCACAGGUUUUUCUUACUUGACUGUUUUCCACAGAAGUUGAAAUGGGACGCAGGAAAUCGAAGAGAAAGCCUCCUGUUAAGAAGAAGGUGCUUGGCACUCUAGAAACACAAUUCACGUGUCCAUUCUGUAACCAUGAAAAGUCAUGUGAUGUUAAGAUGGACCGCGCGCGGAAUACAGGAAUCAUAUCCUGCACUGUGUGUUUAGAAGAAUUCCAAACUCCAAUAACAUAUCUGUCGGAGCCGGUGGAUGUUUACAGUGAUUGGAUUGAUGCCUGUGAAGCAGCAAACCAGUAGUCUAUGCUCAAAUCUCUUAGAUUUUACUUCAAGGUGUUUUUGAGAUAUUGCUUUUUUGCUGACUGUAUAUAAUUUGAGUUCAUGUGGAAUCUGCUGUAAUCUUUGGACUGUUCCCAGCCUGUGUUAUUAAAAAGUUAGAAUUCUUCUA